AUUUGUGUAUCUUCCUUGCAAUACACACUAUUUAACUGAAUACUCAAAUAGUUUGUUUCGACUUGAGUGUUUAUACAGACUCCAGUGCAAACUUCACAAUCUGCCGUGGCGGAGGAGUGACAUCAGUCUUAUCACUGGGCGGCUAAUGUCCUAAUUGAAUCAGAUGUGUUGGGGUGGGGAGAUGUUUGGAGAUAUUUAAGGUAGCCUCUCGUUUUCCUUGAUACUAUCUUCAGAUCUGUGCAGAUGAUGCAUGAAGAGAGGGAAGACUAAAAGCACUGGCAUAAUACCAUUAGUUUGUACAGACGCAUCCCCAGAAAGGACGAUAUCAACACAUUUUACUGGAUAAGAGAAGGUUGCAACAAGUAAUUGUUUUUUAGAUGAUCAUUUAUCUAGACUAACUAGAUAACGAGAAGACAAAGGUUGUGAGGAGCUGGGAAAGCAGUCAAAUCAAAAGGAAAACAGGAUAGUGUCUGUUUGGAGAGAGACAAAAAAAACAAGUGAUGUCGCAGCUUCUAUGCCAUCUGCUUUUACUAUGUCUGGUACCAUCUGUGGUUCCUCUGUUUUGCUUCACCUGUGUCUUCCCUGCCAUCUCCCCACUGGACUGUAUCAAGUUCCCUCAGAAGUGUCCUCCAGGUCAGCAAUGUCUGUCCAGCAAAGCUGUGGGGAAGCGCGGAGAGUUCAGUGUGACGCUGUAUGAGAAGAGCUGUGUCCUCUCCGCCCUGUGUGGCCUGACUGGUGAGAAGUACGCCAUGGGCCUCAAUUUCACCUUUACCAAUGACUGCUGUUCCACCCACCUGUGUAAUGGAGCUGCAGCCCCCUCUGCCCUCUACUGGAUUGGCUCUGCUCUUUCUCUCCUCUCGUUCACUCUCUCACUGUGAUUUACCCACCUUUAAAGAUAAUGCUACUGUUGCUAAAUUCAUAAGGAAAACAUGACCACAUUCAGAUGCCUAGCAUUGGUCGAAACCUUUCAGAUAUAAAUGUGAUGAACAGAGCUGGCAUGAUUCCUUGUUGUAAUUGUUGGAGGCAUGUUUGUUAUAAUGUACAUAGAAAUACGCUAUCUGUCAGUUCCAAAACUUUCUAUCAGUUCCAAAACGUUGUAUUCUGCUGAACGUGGCCCAGGUGUUUAACACAGUAAAUGUGUGCUUUCUGUACAUGAAAUAUGGACAGCUGAGAUCAUUUCCAUUGAACUGACCAUUUCUUAGAGAUGAGCAAAGUACACACAUGGUUUUCCUCAAGUAAUAUAAAAUAAUGUGCUUAACACUUUUACAUCUAGGCAUAAUAGCAUUAACAAUAUCCCACCUUUUUAUCUGUCAUCAAAGUUGAAAAUGAGAGCUAACAACGCAAA